AUGCCAGAUAUGCCUCAGGUCCCUUCGGACGAUGCCAUCAAUGAAUUUGUUGCCAUCACAAAGACAACCAGGGACCAUGCAACCAGUCUCCUCCAGGCAAACAAUCUCGAUGCGAAUCAAGCCCUCAAUGCCUUUUUUGAAAGUAAUAGUGGUCAACCACCCCAGAAUCAAUGGCCGGUGAGCUCGGAGCCAGAGCCAAAACCUCCUGGCUAUCCGACCGAGAAUGUUCAAAAAUCAUUCAAUAUCGACCGGGGCGAUAGCUACACAGCUCCUCCGUCACGCCCGCCAUCACGAAUAGGCCACCGUUCGGCACUUGAGAGAGUCAGAGCACAGGAAACCGACGGGGCAGCGUCUUAUCGUAAGGACUUUUCCCACAGGAUACAAGUCUCGUCUAUUGAUCUGCCUCUAGCACAAAGCCAACACAAAAUGACACUGGAAGAACGCGAGGAGCAUGACAUGCAACAGGCCGUGGCGGCGUCCCUGAGUCGCAGCUUUGAUCGUGCUGGCCAAGAGUCUGGAGUUGUAAGCGCUCGUGGUACUCAAUUCGGCCCUGCCAACCGUGAUUACUAUGAUAAUGCAUCGUGGGCUAUGACUACGUACAACGACCCUACACCCAGGCAACCAUGUAUGCACCCAGACCCUGAGGAGCGGAAAAGAGAGAAUGGCUUUCCUGCGUUCUGCCGUCCUCUGGCAUCGGCUGAAUAUCUUGGAGCUUGCAUCACCAUACUUCAUUCUAUUCCAUUAUCGAGGGAGGCGUUUAUCUCAAGGAAUCGGCUGAUACCCGAUUAUGGUCACCAUCCAUUUUGGUGGAACGGAGAGCCAAUUGAUACCCCCCCGACUGGCAAUGACAGUCAGUCCAGGAACUCUGAUAAAGUGUUCGUGGAAGCGCAACGGUUAAUGGCUUUUUUGGAUGGCACCACUCGUGCAUUUGGAACAAUAACCUCUCUCGUCGACAUCCUAACGUCCGGCCGAAAUCGUCCCGAGAAAGUAUUGCCAGAGUUCUUAGAACAAUGGCAACGAGAAGCCUUUUUAAAGAAUCGAAACCAACCCAGUAGCAACCUCUUUGAGUCAACCUUGCUCACCAAAUCUAGUAACCCACAGCCACAGAUCUCCCGGUUCCCUUUUUGUGUUGCGGAGAUGGAGUUCGAACCUGACGAAAAUGAGACUCUAUAUGAUGUUAUUGACAACUUCCUCUGGCAGGGAACCCCGCCAAACAAGCCUCACAGCACAUGGCUAGGAAAGAUUGCUCCCAUUUUUACCAUGCGUUUGAGGGUUAGCGGCAAAACCACUCGACCCGUUGGAGUGAAGAUCCCCGCAACUUGGUAUCCCGACCGCUAUCUAGAAGCGAAUCAAGGUUUUGUUCAAGAGCUACGAGAACGUCGACUAGAUGCUGAAGCUGAUUUAGAGAAACUGAAAGAUCUAAUUGAGGAUUAUUCAACUGCUAUACUUCCAGGGGGCCAAGCCACGCCCUUCAAGACUCUUUUGGAAAACGCAAUUGCCGGCACAAACAAGGUCGUGAAAGGCACUCGUACCGACACAUCCGCUGACAGCAGCGAUGACACAUGGGAAACUAUCCUUACGGCUGAAGAAACAGAGAAACUGGUGGGCGACUUGAAAUCUCUCGCGGAGAAAAUCGACCGAAGACUGGCCACGUUAUCUCAGAAAGAACAGCAGGUGAAGGAGAGCCUUAAACGAUUUUCUAAGAGCCUGACGGAGAAGGACGAUGACAGCGAGAAACCACCUCACCACAAAUAUACUUUACGUGGAGUGAGUACUCAUCCGCACCUCAUGUAUGUUUUAAAACGGGUCCCAGGCGCGAAGAACAUGAGAGAUAUAUUCCCAGAUAUGACCUUCGAAAAUGAAUGGGAGUGGUGGCGGAUAAGUUUUUCUGUAGAAGAUGGGAAGAACACCACACACCGACCCAUUCAGGACCCCUUAAGGGUGUCAAGAUCGGACGGAAGCAGUUAUCUUCUUGAUAGAACGAAGCCGAGGAUACUCAUACCUAACCAUCAGGAACCAUAUGGGUACACUAUUACUCCGGCGCGUGAACUCGAAGUGCUUCAGGCGGCCAAAGAAGAUCAUUCUUCGGUCCUUCUCGUUUACGCUAACGAAGAUGCAGUCCAGUAUGAAGGAGCUGAGCUGCCAGAACCCUUGCAGGCUUUUCUUGAUGCCGACAACCAAGCUUUCGAGGACGAAAUUAGGCGAAUGCAGGUGCGAUUUGAAAAGGAGUUAAAGGAAUUCCAGGACGGCGUCACAGAAGAAUUCGUCGAGGAUAUUGAUCUAAGAAGCGCUUCGAGUAGUGAACUGAACUAUAUCGAGGAGGAGGACGAGGGGCAGGGGCAGGAGGGCGGGGGAGAAGAAGAAAUGAAUAUUGAACCUGACCGCCGUGUUCCUCCGGCAGCAUGA